ACCAAUAGCAAACGGAGAUCAGCUGAGACGAGCGGACAGUCGUGAAGCCGCGUGUGAGCCUUUGAAAACUUUUUAGCGCGUGCAGCGCGAGUACCGGCAGGCGCGAGCUCUUCUCUUCCCGUUAUAUUGUCUCCAGUGUAGCCUGUUUAUUUCGAUUUGGAUCUUUCUCUCUUGUUUUAUAUUUUAUUUCUGUAUUAUUUUUGCACGCGCGUUCCUUAAACCAGUACAUCAUGCACGCAUGAGAUUGGCGUUUAUGCGUUUAUUUAUCCAUUUCCGGGUUUAGUGUUGAUUUGAGAACAGGAGCGCUGUUUUGUUUGGUUUUGUUUUUAUUCAGCUGCCGCAAUGCUGCUCGAACAUCCUGGAUCGAGUUGUCAAAAUCCGGGAAAUUUCUCCAGAUACGGCUCGGGGCAAGGUGAGCAUAUCCCGGUGUGUGCAGGUUGCAGUCAGCACAUCGUCGACCGCUUCAUCCUGAAGGUGUUGGACCGUCACUGGCACAGCAAGUGUUUGAAAUGUAGCGACUGUCAAUCACAGCUGGCAGAGAAGUGCUUCACCCGCGGAGACGGUGUCUACUGCAAAGAGGACUUCUUCAAGAGGUUCGGGACGAAGUGUGCGGCGUGUCAGCAGGGCAUCCCGCCGAGUCAGGUGGUGCGGAGAGCGCAGGAUUUCGUCUAUCACCUACACUGCUUCGCGUGCAUCGUGUGUAAGAGGCAGCUAGCCACAGGGGACGAGUACUACCUGAUGGAGGACAGUCGACUGGUGUGUAAGGUCGACUAUGAGACGGCCAAGCAGAGAGAGGCCGACUCGACAGCGAAAAGGCCGCGUACGACCAUCACAGCCAAGCAGCUUGAGACGCUGAAGAACGCCUACAACAACUCGCCCAAACCGGCGCGCCACGUCCGUGAGCAGCUGUCCUCAGAGACCGGCCUCGACAUGCGAGUGGUGCAGGUGUGGUUUCAAAACAGGAGAGCAAAAGAGAAGAGACUAAAGAAGGACGCAGGAAGACAGAGAUGGGGCCAAUACUUUCGUAACAUGAAGAGAUCCAGAGGAAACUCCAAAUCAGAUAAGGACAGCAUCCAGGAGGAAGGCGUGGACAGUGACGCUGAGGUCUCGUUCACAGACGAGCCUCCCAUGUCCGAGCUGAGUCACUCGAACAGCCUCUACAGCAGUCUGAGCGAGAGUUCCCCGGCUCUGAGCCGUCAGGGCGGAGCUCACGCGCCCUUCACCCUGGACCACGGAUCCGUCCUGCCCCCUCAGGAUCAAUACCACGACAUCCGUCCCAGCAGUCCGUACAGCCUAGCACAGUCGCCUGCUUCCCUUCAGCCUCUGCCCAGACAGCAGCCCCUCAUCUCCAGCCUGGUAUACCCUGAUUCCGGCUUGCCCAUGGUGGGCCAGGGCGGGCACGGCAUGGUACCAUCCGGGUCGAACGGCCCCAGCUCAGAGCUGUCGACCGGAAGCAGCGGCGGUUACCCAGAAUUCCCGGCCAGCCCCGCCUCCUGGCUGGACGAGGUCGAUCACAGUCAGUUCUGAUGAGGGACAGGAACAGAAAUGACUUGGUUUGACGUUUGACUAAAACUAUCGCAAGCUUCAGAGGAGGGAUGGAACGGAAGUCAAACUCGUCAGCUUUAUUAUCAUCUGCAUGGAUUGAAGAGUAGCAGUU